AUGGCGAAAGAAACCGUGAUUAAAGGAGGAUUGAAGCUGAAAAAAGGCGGAGAUGUUUUCAAGAAGAAAAAGAAGAGCGUCGAUCCAAAACAAAUUGAUAUCACUAUUAAAAGGUUGGUUAUUUAUUGGAAUAUCUUGGAAAAUAUGCCUGAUUUUUUUUCUAGAAGUGAAACUGCAUCGACUUCAACUUCGAAAAAAACCGAUGCUGAAAAACGAUUUGAAGAGAGAAGGCAAGCAAAUAUGGUGAGUUUUUUGAAUUUAAAUAAAUUGGAAAUGAUUUUCAAAACGUGUACAUUUGAAAAAUGAAUUUUUUUCAAUUGCCACGUCGAUGUCACGCAUUUCUUCCAAUUAAAUUAAAGAUUUUGUCUGAAAUUAUUUUUAGUCAAAUAUUUAGAGAUCCUGAUUUCAGUAUGAUGAUUUUUCCAGAGUUUUUUUAGAAAGACUCUUGAACCCUUGAUUUUGACCUAAAAAUAUCAGGUUUUGCGAUGUUUUAGUUAUGAAUUUGUAAAUCUUAACAAAAUUUUAAAAUAUUCCCAUUCAGUAUUUAGAUUUUUCAACCCCGGACUUAUUUUUUUUUGCAAUUACAGGCAGAAAAAAUGCUGAAAAGAGCCGCCGAAUCACAUCGCGAAAAAGUCGAAAAAUUCAACAAACAAAUGGAAGAAAUGACAGAAUUCAAUGAUAUUCCAAAAGUUUCGUGGACAAAAUAA